GGAGAACCUGAGGGGGGAAAAGGAAGAUACCAACUCAUCACUCAAAGACAACGCAUAACCGACAACACAACAACAAACAAAAACCAUCAAUUCUUCCAUUUCCACCUAAGACAAUUCUUUGCGAAAGCAAUCACCAAAAAAACACCUAAAACAAAAACCCUCUAUAAAUCCUUCACAAUGGGUGGCAUCAUGUCUUGUAUCCGCUCCGUCUUCCAGACCAUCGGCGACGCCAUCAUGGCCGUCAUCAGCGGCAUCGGCAACAUCAUCCACGCCCUCAUCAGCGCCGUCGUCCGCUUCUGCGGCAUCAUUGUCAGCUUCCUGACCUGCGGCUACUGCGGCAGCCGCUCCGGACGAGCCCGUCGACGCACCGGUAGGCACAUGCGGACGACGAGGGUCUAG